GUGUUUGUGUGUGUGUAUAUAUAUGUGUGUGUGUUCGCGUGUAUGUGUGCAGGGUUUUCGGCUUGCUUGCCACCUGAUUCUCUUUGACAUCUGAUGGAAACAGAGAGAGAGAGAGAGAGAGAGAUAGACAGAGCACCGCUUCAUUGCGGGUUUUAGUUAAAUGAACGCGGCGCUUGACUGCGGCUGCACAGCGGCGGAACACCGGCGCCAAUGCGCGCAGGACGCGCUCCCAUUCCGAGCCAAACAACAACAACAUCAACAACAACAACAACACUCACAUUAACAACAACAGUAACUGCAACAAAGUGUCCGAUGUUUCUCUUUCUCUGCACCUCCAGGAUGGACGGAUCAGCUCGACGCCGAGAUUAGACGUGAACAGCGCGAUCUGUGUUUUCGGCGCGCGCGCGCGUUUGGGUAGAUGAUAGGAGAUACCAUGACCCUGCUGUCUCUUUUGGGCCGGAUCAUGCGCUAUUUCCUACUAAGACCUGAGACGUUGUUUCUGCUGUGCCUGAGCCUGGCUUUAUGGAGCUACUUCUUUCACAACGACGAAGUCAAGACUAUUGUCAAGUCGAGCCGCGACGCCGUGAAAAUGGUCAAGGGCAAAGUGGCCGAGAUCAUGCAGCACGACCGGUUCGGCCUGGACCUGUCCGAAGCCGAGUUCUCCAAGAACUGGGAGCUGAAGAGCCCCGGCGCCGCCGUCUACGCCAUCCAGGGACGCCGAGACCACAUGGAGGACCGCUUCGCCGUGCUCACCGACCCGGUCAACCGGAGCCACCCGUCCAUCUUCGGGAUUUUUGAUGGGCACGGUGGAGAGGCAGCAGCAGAAUAUGUGAAAACCCGCUUGCCCGAGGUCCUGAAGCAGCAUCUACAGACUUAUGAGAAAGAAAAGGAGAACAGUCUUUUGUCUUAUCAAUCCAUCUUAGAGCAGCAGAUCCUCAACGUAGACAAGGAGGUGCUGGAGAAGCUCUCUGCCACCUAUGAUGAAGCAGGAACAACAUGCCUGGUGGCGAUGUUGUCUGAAAAAGAGCUGACGGUGGGGAACGUCGGGGAUUCCAGAGGAGUUUUGUGUGAUAAAGACGGUAAUGCCAUCCCCCUGUCAUACGACCACAAACCCUACCAACUCAAAGAGCGGAAGAGGAUUAAGAAAGCAGGUGGCUUCAUUAGCUUCAACGGUUCGUGGCGCGUGCAAGGAAUCCUGGCCAUGUCUCGAUCCCUGGGCGACUACCCCCUUAAGAAGCUAAACGUGGUCAUCCCCGAGCCUGACAUGGUGACCUUUGACCUGGACAAACUGCAACCCGAGUUCAUGAUCCUGGCGUCGGAUGGCCUGUGGGACGCCUUCAGCAACGAAGAGGCCGUGCGUUUCAUCCGCGAGCGCCUGGACGAGCCACAUUUCGGCGCCAAGAGCAUCGUGCUGCAGGCGUUUUACCGCGGCUGCCCAGACAACAUCACGGUCAUGGUGGUGAAGUUUAAAAAGCGUGGCGCCAAAGUAGCUGGCCAGUGAACCACGAUUCAUAUGAACUGAUAAUAUGUUCAGAAUUAUACAGUAAGUACGUAUACCAAUCGAUUUGAAUAUAUUGUUGCCUCAUAUUGAUAUAAUGUAAGGAUGAAAAUGGGAAACCAUUUCAAAACUAUUUUUGGAGCAAGAACUGUUUAUUACAAUCACAUCAAAAUUGAAGUAACCUCGUAUCAACCCGUUAUGUCAUUAUUUUAUUAUAUUUCUUUUCCAAAAUGCUUUGUUUUAUAAUGCCACAUGAUAGAGAGGGAAAAUGUAUGAGAAGCCACGCCCUGCGUAAUGGAGUAACAGAUUCAAGGUCAAUUCCUGUAACACAUUAAAAACUAUAUUAAUCUUAAUAUUAAUUUAUGUUAAGGAGCAUUAUUAAGUGAAUAUAAUGAAUGAUAAAAUAGUUACAUAGAUAUAAAAGUAAGGAAUGUAAGUUAGUGAUCUGGGAUAUUAUACAGUAUAAUUAUAUCACUAUUACCAGAAUGAUAUAAUUAGGAAUAUUUUAGGAAUUAUAAUGAAAUAAAUUGGUUCUUCUGAUGUUGGUUCUAGAUGAAGAAUUCAUACUUAAAUUGGUAAUUUCUUAACCUUGAUAUAAUAUUAAACUAUUAUUAUAUUAAAAUAUUACAAAAUAAAUUCCAAUGCAAACAAAAUACUACUGAAGGAUUAAUUGUAGUAUCUGUUUCUACUGUUUUCCACUUGUAGUGUUUUGCUUUAAUUCCAUUUGGAUCGAAUUUACAUACUGAUAUUGAUUUUAACUAAGGUUGAGCUGAAAUACCUAUACUAACAAAUUAACUAUAUAAAAUACAAAGAUCUUCCUAAACAUCAUUUAAAUAUACUAUGGAGAUUCUUUUUGUAUUAUGACUUUAUCUAUUAUUUCCUUUAAGUCAUGCAAAAAAGAAAAAAAGGCUACAGAUUUUAAGGGAUCACACACGUUCACUAACAUCAUUAGUUACUCAGCGGUUUUGAGAUCUCAAUUCUGAUUGGCCAAAAGGUGUGAGUUAAUUUUUUACAACAUUAGCUCCAUUUGUUCUUACAAAUCACAGGUUUGUUCAUAUUAAUGUGCUUGUUCUCUAUUUAUUUAAUAACAGCUAAAAUAUAAGGACUUGUUUGGCAUAUAUAGUACUAGAAAUAUAAUUAAAGGCUAAAUAAUAAUAAAAAAAACUGGCUUAUAAUAGGGAUUGGUAAAUAACAAGGAAAAUAACGUAAGGUGGAGUUUUCUGUAACAAAAUGAAAUGUUUACUUAACAUAUAUGGAAGGAGUCUCCAGUGCUAGUAUCCAUUAUGGAACUGAGGAAUUUCCUAUUUUUUUAUUAUUUUUUUUUUUUUUCAGGUGUGUUAGACAAGAUGUAUUUAAUUUCAGUCUAGUGGAAAAACUAAGAGGCAUGUAAUAAAAGAAGUUAAAAUCAAUGCCAAAUUGUUGUGCGAAUGGAUUGUGUUAGGAGAUUAUCAAGUCUGCAGGCGGUAAGAGCAUCAUAGCACCUUUUUAUUCCUUACAUAGUGUGUAUACUAUACUGGUGUUUUAACAGGCGUUGCUUGCUUUGUUAAAUUUGUCUGAAAUGUUCUGUCUCUUAUUGUGCUUCAGGCCACGUAUCGUAAUAAAACAAUAAAGGAAAAUCUGGUAGAUAAAUAAAAAUCUGGUAGCUAUUAUAUUCAGUUCUAGAGAUGAUGCAUCUUUGGUUCAUUUUUAGUCCCUUGAUCCUGAUUCAGCCUGAAUUCUAAUAACUGCAGUCGUGGAAGCAGAUGACUCGUAUACUGUAACUUUAUAUCCAGAAGCCAUCAAACGAAACGUUCUUGUUGCCUUAUUUUAAAUUCGGUCGUAUAUAUAUUUUUUUUUUCAUUUUUUUUGCUUUACCUAAAUUUUAGACUUUCAUAAGUUGUUAAGUAUGCCAUGCAACAUCAAAUGUAAAUAUGAUAUUUUGCAUAUUGACGUCUCAUUGAGACAGACUAAUAAAGCGAAUGUACAUAUUCAAUAUUAUUAACCACAGUUCCAAUAAUAUAAAUAAAAGGAAAAAAAAGGAAAUGCAUCAAAUUCCGGUUUAUUAAUAUCAGAUGGGAUUUAAUUGCGAAUAGCUUUUUAAUGUGUGUGUGUGUGUGUGUGUGUGUGUGUGUGCGUGGGGUUUUUUGUUUGUGUAUUCCUGUAUUCCUACAGAAUACAGUACUGUUCUGAAGUGUUUUUAUGUUGGUUUAAAGAAUCUGUUUAAAAAAAAAAACAAUAUGAAUUUAAGAGAAAAUGAAAAUGAUGAAAAUGUAACAAUAAAAAGUGCAAGAAUAAAAGUCAA